AUGAUUGAGACCCACCUACAGUCUAUCGAAGAGGGCACUUUCAUGGCAGAUGUCACCAUGGGAGAGUGCUUUCUGAACUUUCUGCUGCAUCUUUCUUUGCAAAAGUUGGCAGGGGUGGACUUCACCAAAUAUUUCCCAGGCCCAAGUCAAUCCACAGUUUGGGAUUGUUGGCAUUGCACGUUGAUGGGAGUGAAAAGCUCCCCCUAUCAAGCGGUGCAAGGAAUUACGGUUGCGGAUGAAGUGAUCCAUGGACAACCAGAGGACUCCCAGAAUGUCUUCCAGUGGUCCAGAGUGCGUUUGAACUGUCCUGGAGAUAAGGACUAUGAUCCCUUGAAACCCUGGGUUUCCAAGAUCAGAAGUGAUGGCAAGAUUGUAGCAGAUCUGAGUGGAUAUGUGAAUGACUUGCAACCAUCUGGUCCAAAUUGGAUGGAGGCUUGGCACAUGUCAUGCCCAACGGCCAGUAUCCUGAAUCAUCUUGGAAUCCAAGAUGCCGCGCACAAAUGCUGA